ACUACUGAACGGGCGGCAGACUACAGUUCCUAGAAUCCUCCACUCCACCUUCUAUUUGAGGCCGGAGGCGGCGUGGUGGGAAUGUCGCCGGUGCAGAGGUGGUAGGCCUGGCGGAUCCGAGCGGACUGAGUGGAGUCGGAACCCGGGGCUCUGGUUGGGCUGGGUUUCCGUGGCUCUGUUUCUGAAAGGACGGCUCUUAACAGGGCCCCAAAGGACUAGGGAGAAGCACGGCUGUAUCUGAGUUCCGAUGGGAUGGGCGCGCGCGGGAUGGAACAGUGAGGGGGCACCAUGCCUGGCCUGGCGCGGCACUCCCGGAACCGCUGUGGCUGAGGGGCGGGUUCGCGAAUUUUAAAAUGCCUUCAUGCAGUUGGUUGAAUAUGUGAAGACGUUAUUCUGGGAUACUUUGGCCUUUACAAGCCGCCCCUAGGAAAUGUCCCUCCAGGUCUGGGAAGCUGCGACGGAAUACAUAGGAGAUAGCACAAGUUAUUUGGUGUGAUGUGAGCCAAAACGCGUUUGGACUUGUAGGUCGCUAAAGUUGCCAUUGCACAGGAGAAACACAAGCAUUCCCCUGUGUCCACAACCCCAGUACACUUUGCAUUUUAGUAAGAGGCUAGGCACACCAAGAAGACAGAUGAGCGCCGCAGCCGCCUUUCUUCCUAGGCAUGUGAAGGUGGGUUUGGGUGAAGUGAAAGAAGCAAAAAGGAGGUAGGGAAUGCUGGGAAAAUCUGUUCCCAAUAUGAAAUGUUUACCAUCGGUGAGGGAAGAAACCAGAACUCACUGUCAGGCUUUGUAUUGGAUACUGCGUACAGAGAGAUUCCUGGCAAGGGAUUUGGGCCAGGAUGUGUUUUCCCUUUCCAUUUGGCUUUUCACCACUUCCAGGGCUACUUUUAAAACACUCUCCGGGGUUGGGGAUUUAGCUCAGUGGUAGAGCGCUUGCCUAGCAAGCGCAAGGCCCUGGGUUCGGUCCCCAGCUCCGAAAAAAAGAAAAAAAAAAAAAAAAAAAAAAAAAAAAACCACUCUCCAAGCCAAGGAAAGGCCAAUACCUACCCCCUCCCCCAAUCACCCUAGCCCAAGAACUUACUAUAGUGGUUAAAGCUGGUCCCUAACUCAUAGCAAUCCUGCUUCAGCCUCCAAGUGCUGGGAUUGAGAGUAGGAAGCACUAUGCCUAGGUUUUUUGGGUUUUUUUGGUUUUUUUUUGUUUUGGUUCUUUUUUUUCCGGAGCUGGGGACCGAACCCAGGGCCUUGCGCUUCCUAGGCAAGUGCUCUACCACUGAGCCAAAUCCCCAACCCCUAUGCCUAGCUUUUUCUUUUUCCUUUUUUUUUUUUCCUUAUUCUUUUUUUUUUUCCCGGAGCUGGGGACCGAACCCAGGGCCUUGCGCUUGCUAGGGAAGCGCUCUACCACUGAGCUAAAUCCCCAACCCCUUCUUCUUCAUUUUUUAAAUUUUAUGUGUGUGGGUGUUUUGUCAGUGUGUCUGUACACCACAUUCAUGAAGUGUUCUGGGCAGUCAAAAAGUGCAUCUGUCCCUAAUGGGAGUGACAAGAGAUUGUAAACCCACGUGGGUGCCAGGAAUCCAGUCCAGCUCCUCUGGAGGAGCAACCCGUGCUCAUCUCUGUCUUGAUUUUGUUUUGUUUUGUUUGACAGGAUUUCUCUGUGUAAUCCUGGCUUUCCUAGAACUCACUCUGUAGACCAGGCUGGGCCCAAACUUAGAAAUCCUCCUGUCUCUACCUCCUGAGUGCUACCACCUCCAGGCCACUUUUUUUUUUUUAUUACAUACCUCAGGUUGUCUAGAACUUGUGACCUUUCUGCCUCUCAGCCUCCCAAGUUCUAGGGUUGACACCAGGUAUGUAUUAUCAUACCCACCUCAGGAAUUUUUUUUUUAACUUCACUUAUUCAUUUGGGGUAGUGGGGCACCCAUGCACAUGGAGGUAAAAGGAAAACUUGCAGGAGUCAAUUUUCUACCCCCCUCCAUCUUGUGUGCCCUAGGGUAUCCAACUCAGACAAGUUGGGUGGUGCCAAAAGCACCCUUACUCGCUGAAUGGCACUCAGUUCAUAAAUUCUGGGCUUAUAGAAAUAGGUUUGACCAAUUCCUGACUGUACUGAGGAUGGCCUCAAACUCAAGAGAUCUGUCUGUACCACCUGAGGGUGGUGAUUAAAGGCAUGUGCCACCCCUCCCUCACUGGGCUUUGAGCUCUUUAAGUGAAGGACCCUUGGAGCUAAGCGCUAGUAAGUGCAGCAUUUAUGUAUUAGUGUAUUUGCUUGUUUGUUUUUGAGAUUUAUGGAGCCCAGGCUGGCCUUGAAUUUGGUUUGUAGCUGAGGCUAGCCUUGAGCUGCUGAAUUUUUUUUAAAACCUCUUCCCAAAUCUGUUAUUUCAGGGCUAUGCCACCAUGUCCAGCUAAACUACAUAUUCUUGCAAAAAAAGGUUUUAUUUUUAAUUAUAUGAAAGUAUGUGUGCGUGUGGGUGCAGAUGCCUUUGGAUGCCUGAGGCCUAGAGUUCCGGGGGGCCUGUGAGCUAUCCAGCGCAAGUGCUGGGAACCCAACUGAGGUCCUCUGCAAAACCAGUUUGUGCUCUUGGCUCCUAAGCUGUCUCUCCAGCUUCAGCUUUUUUUUUUUUUUUUUUGGUUCUUUUUUUCGGAGCUGGGGACCGAACCCAGGGCCUUGUGCUUCCUAGGGAAGAUGACCUUGCUGGGCAAGAGUGCACAUGACUGGACAGUGAGGAGCUGCAGAAAGCCCCAAAGCCAGGAUGGCACUGAAAGCCAAGAAAGGAUUGAAAGGAUCCAUUGAUGACGUCCUUGGUGACCUCCUGGGAGAUGACACAGUACUGCUUGAGAAGCCUGUUGAGACAGCGUCACAUGCCAAAGACACAUCGAGUUCACCUCAGUGGCUUUCCUCAAAGGCAAAGUUCCUCCCAAAAGACAGUGCUGGGGGACUGGCAGCAGCCGAUGCUGAGGUCUCCAGUGACUCGGAUGCAGACCCACAGGUCUUCUUGCAGAACAUGAAGGACCUGGACAGCAUGGACGAUGAUCUCUUUGGUCGGAUGAAGUCUCACCCACCCUCUGGCAAAGGAACUGCAAAGGCCUCUGGGAAAGAAGUACCUAGCAAGCCCAAACCUGCUGGCACAUUGACAGCUGAUGAGAAAGGGGACGCCAUUCCCACUAAGAAGCCACCACCAGCUUCCAGCAGGUUUGGGCUUCAGUACAAGAAGUUUUCCUUUGAAGACUUUGAGGACCCGCUGGCGGGGCUUCUCUCUGAUGAGGAGGAAGAGACUGCCAAGAAGCCACCUGCAACGGAGAGCAAACUUGCUCCCAAGAGCCCCAGCACAGCCGCAGGCCAAGGUCCUUCUGUUCCUCUGACUCCUGGGGAUACACCCAUCCGGAAGAAAGAACCUCUCUUUGAUGAAGGGGAUGACAUCAUGACCACCCUGGGCUUUGAAGACAGCCCCAAGGCAGAGAGGAAGAAGGCAGGAGACCAGGAAGGGCCCCUCCCUGCUCGCUCCAAGCUGGAUGAACUGCUGGGUCGGGGCACAGCUGCCAAGCUCCUCCCUCGCCCAGGCACUGGGGAACGCAGAGAGUUCAAGUUAGACAAGAAGUAUCAGAAGCCAGAGGACAAGGAAGACAGCUGGGAUGACGAGAUCCUCACCUUUGGGGCUUACCAGCCUACCGUGGCCUCCUCUGAGGGCCGACAGUCCCGCAGGCAGUCAGUCAGCAGGUUCUUGGGAGAAGGUGGCCCAGACCUUAAGGGAGAAACCCUAAGCUUCAAACAGAGCCCUCCACCAGCUUCCAGUCCUAUCCACCCCAGGAAAGGAGGAGCCGACUGGUUAGGCCUUAAGGACGAUGACCUGGACCUGCUGUCUCCCUCUCCUGUUCAAAAGGCCCAACAGGAAGACUCAGCCAUGACACCCUCUCUCCUACCUCCAACAAACCAGCCCUCAGCCCCAGAGCCACACUCUGUCCCAACUGGACUUCCCUCAGCAGCAAAGCCACCAGCCAAGGGUGCAAGGCCCUCUGUCAAAGCCAGCCAGGUCUCCUCACCGAAAGCCUCUGAGGAGAAAGAGGAUGACUGGUUGAGCCAUGUCAUAUCUCAGAAGAAAUCCCAAAAUCUAGCCAGAGAAGAGCGUACUGGGCCCUCCAAGGAUCUGAACUCACCAGGGUCACGGAGUCAGAUCCCUGCUAGCAGCCUUCCUAUCGCUAGCACUCAGGUCCUUGAGCAGGCCUCUGCUGGAGAAGCCUCAAGACCAACCACACAAGGAAUUGCAGCUGUCAGGCCUGCUGUCACAGGGGCCCCCGUGAGUUGGAGCCAAGCUACCACUGUUGUCCCUGUAGAUGACCCCAAGAGAGGAACGGCCUCUGCCUCUGGGGACUUCUCUAGCAGAGAGCCUGCAGUUUACAUCCCGCAUUCCCAGGAACCUACCGGGCUCUCUGUGCCUAUCCAGACCCUCCUCCCAGAGUCCAUGAUGCAGAGUCUGCUGCCAGGCUCGGGAUUCCAGAAGCAGCUCCUGGCAGCCCAAGGGCAGCUUCAGAGCAGCACUGCCCAGCUUCAGGUUGAGCUGCUGCAGAGCCAGACCAAGCUGUCAGAGCUGGAGGCCCAGGUGCGGAAGUUGGAGCUGGAGCGUAGCCAGCACAGGAUGCUGCUGGAGAGUUUGCAGCAGCGGCACCAGGCAGACCUGGAGCUCAUUGAGGACGCGCACAGAAGCCAUGUCAAGGUGCUAGAAACAUCCUACCAGCAGCGGGAGGAGCAGCUCCGCAGAGAGAAGGAGGUGCUGUCCGCUCAGCAUGCAUCGUACUGCCAGGAAGCUGAGCGGGCCAGGACUGAGCUCGUAGCCCAGCACCAGCGGCAGAUGGCCAUGGCUGAGCAGGAGAAGGACCAGGAGGUUGCACGGCUUCGGGAGCUUCAGCAGGCGUCCAUCCUAGAGAUGCGCAAGGACCACGAGCACCAGCUACAGCGGCUGAAAAUGCUGAAGGACCAAGAGAUCGAUGCUGUCACCAGUGCUACCUCCCAUACUCGGUCCCUGAACGGCAUCAUCGAGCAGAUGGAGAAGUUUUCCAGCAGCUUGAACACGCUGUCCUCCCGUGUGGAGGCCUCCCACGUCACCACCUCACAGGAACGAGAGUUGGGGAUUCGGCAGCAAGAUGAGCAGUUGCGAGCUCUGCAGGAGAGGCUGGGCCGGCAGCAACGAGACAUGGAGGAAGAGCGGAGCAGGCUACAGGAGGUCAUCGGGAAGAUGGAAGUCCGCCUGAGUGAGCAGAGCCGGCUCCUGGAGCAGGAACGCUGGCGGGUGGCUGCUGAGAAGUCCAAGGCAGAGUCAGCCCAACGCACUCUGGAGGAGCAGAGGAAGAUCAUGGUCCAGCAGGUUGCCAUGGAGAGGGAGGAGCUGGAGAGAGCCAAGAGCGCCUUGCUGGAGGAGCAGAAGUCAGUCAUGAAUAAGUGUGGGGAGGAGCGGCGGCGCCUGGCAGCAGAGUGGGCUGAGUUUUUCACACAGCAGAAGCUGAGUAAGGAGCGGGCAGAGCGCGAGGCUGAGAGGGCGAUGCACGCAGACACCCAGCGAGAGAGCACCAUCAUCAGCCUGACCAAGGAGCAGGCAGAGCUGACAGUUAGGGCCUGUGAGCUCCGGGCCAAGGAGGAAAAGCUGAUUGCUGAGAGGGAGGCUUUGGAGAGAGAGCGCCAAGAGCUCCGACUAGAGAAGGACAGGUUGCACAAAGCCAGCCUGCGCCUCCAGGCCCGCGCCCAGGAGGUGGAACACAUGAGUAAGGUAGCCUCCAAGAAGUAUGAGGAGGGUGAGCAGGCCUUGCAGGAGGCCCGGCAGAUGCAGACUGAGCAGCAGGGCCGGCUGCAGGUGGUCCAGAGGCAGCAGGAGUGGCUGCGGCAGCAGGAGCAGCGUGUGCAUCAGGAGCACCUGAGCCUGGCCCAGCAGCGGCUGCAGCUGGACCGCGUGCGGCAGGAAGCACCUUCCAGCCUUCCAGGGCUGCCCCCCAGAGCCCAGGGCCCAGCAGCCUCCAGCCUGGAUGCUGUCCAGGCCCCUGCUUCCACUGCUCCUCAGCGUAGCCAGACGGCUGCCGUGCAGAUGCCCACACACCUUCUUGCCAAGCUGCUGCUGCUGAAGCACACAGCAGAGGAGGACCAUGACUUCUUGGAGAAUGAACAGUUCUUCCUGGAGACUCUGAAGAAAGCGCCUUACAAUAUGGCUUACCACUCUGCCUGAAAAUGCCCAUUGCCUCCUCGGCGAGCAUCUGGCCCUGCAGCUCUCUCCCACGGCCGACCAGCUCCCAUGUCCAUGAAAGGCUCCUCAGAACGUACUGCACUACCCAGGGCCUGAUUACAAGUUCUUGUAUGGACA